AUGUCUCGUCGAUCCGGUCGUAUCGCAGCAGCAGCCACGGCCAUAGUCGCAUCACCUACCAAGAUCAAACCUAUCUCCGCCUCCAAAGUCGCAAAGACACCAAAGGCCAGCAAGAAGGAAACCAGCGUGGUAGUCUCAGCGGACGAGGUAGACUCAGCACCGAAAAAGAAGCGCCGCGUCGCCAAAGAAACAACCGAGCCUGAACAUGUCGAUGACGGCAAGGGUCGGUGCAUAUGGGCCACCAGUUCACGGUACCCGCUCCUACAAAAGUACCAUGACACCGAAUGGUGCAUCUCUAAAGGAUUCAACCGCACGAAUCGUUAUCUCUUUGAGAUGAUCAUCCUCGAAGGUGCCCAAGCGGGUCUCUCCUGGUCCACGGUCCUGCACAAACGCGACGCCUACCGCGAGGCAUACGAUAACUUUGAUUACAACCUCAUCGCCGACACCUACACCUCUCCAGCCUCGAACGAGCGCCUUCUCCAGACCAACAUCGUCAAGAACAAACUAAAAGUCGAGGCCUCCAUGAUCAACGCAAGGGCGUUCAGGGAUCUGUUGAAUGAACUCUACCCCGACCAAGCCCAACCCGAGGACGAAAACGGAUUCUGGCAGUUCUUACAGACCUACAAGAAACAGCCGAAUCGGAACAAAAAGGUGGAGGAGAAAGAAGAAGAAGAAGUUUAUCUGACGCGUAACGAGGCGUCGGAUCGGUUGAGCGCCGAUCUUAAGAAGCGAGGAUUCAAGUUUGUGGGUACGACUAUCAUGUACUCUUACUUGCAGGCGGUCGGCAUUGAAUUGGAGGGCGUCCAUCACACGAAGGGCUGCUUCAUGCAUCACAAGAACAAGACGGCUGUGUAG